UUCAGACGCAGUUCAAAUCUUCAAAUAAGUGCCCUCUCAGACUUCAUGAUAUCACAUCCAAGUGUUGCCACUGGGCACCCAAAAGAGAAUGUAGCCGCCUGGGUCAAAAUCACCCGUCAUCUCAACAGUAUAGGCAUCGCUAGAAGUAUGAAGGCGUGGUACCAAACAUGGAAAGACCUCAAGACCCGUAUCCGCUCGAGGGUCCAUGCAAAGAAUCCCAGCUGGGAUCUGCAUGGUUUUAGACAGAGGAAGCUGCGGACACUCCUCGGGAUGUCGCCCAGGGACAGACAGACGGACCCAGAAACUGACAUAGACCAACCAGAGACGGACGGCGAAACUAUCGAGGAAUACAGCAAGCCUGAAUCCGAAGUCGCAGUAGCCCCGCGUGCGCCAUCACCCCGCUCCGUCCUAUAUAACCUCGCUGAGAUCCUCGCUCGAGAUAGCCCCAAGAACGAGAAAAGGGAAACAAAUAAGAAAUCUACACCCCAAACUAGUGUUUCUAAUGAGACAAAUGAUAUUUUACGGGAAUUGGUGCUAGAAUUGAAACGUAGCAACGAGUUGAAAGCUGAACAAAAUUGUCAUCUGAAGGACAUUUUACAACAACUAAAGACCCCAACAUGCACGCACACAAGCCAACACACAGAUAUUCCGCCAACAGAUGACAGUCAAACAGAUAACGCACUGGACGUAGAGAAACUAGAGGAUACUUUAGAUCAUGUUACUGAAGAUCAGUGUAAUGGUGUAGCUAAUGAUGAGGAGCCCGCAGAAGAUGCGCCUGCGCCUGUCAUCAGACCAGUAGCCCUAUCUUCGUUGACGUCGAUCGACACGCCUGGGUCACAAUACAAGCGGGUGAAAGUGCAAUCUAUCGUGAAGGGAGAACCUAGAACAAUGGCCAGGAGGAUCAUCAGAUUAAAGGACGGGAGCGUGCUAUUGAUGCCAACCAACAUGAAAGCUCAAGCGAAACCCAACCAGUGCAAAGAUGGUGAUCAGCUGUACGUGGUGUGUGCACGUAAACGAAGAUGAGUCGAGAGGAUUAAUACGUAGUUUUAAAUACACUCAAAAUGUACUGUACGCAUAUUUAUACUCUAUGCUAUCUGUUUAGUGUUAUUAUAGUUGUAACUUAAGAUAAUCAAAGUAUUGAUUAAAAUAUUUACGAUAUUC